AUGACGGAUUCCAGCCAGCAGGUCAUCAAGGUGGCCCGCCGCAUCUAUGUCGGCAACCUCUCCUGGUCGACGACGUGGCAGGGCCUGAAGGACUAUUUCAAGGAGGUCGGGAGCGUCAAGUACGCGGAGGUGCUCACGGGCCACGAUGGGCGCUCGAAGGGCUGCGGGAUCGUCGAGUUCGAGCAGCCCGAGGAGGCGGCGCGUGCCAUCAGGGAGUUGAACGACACCGAAGUCAACGGGCGCAGGAUCUACGUGCGCGAGGACCGCGAGGACCGCGACCUCAAGGAGUACUACAACAGCCAAGGCGGCGCCCCGCCCCGCGGGGCAGGGCGCGAGGGCCCCCCCAAGCGCGCCAGGUACGAGAGCCCCGCGAGCCGGUCCGGCUACGAGUCCCGCCGCGUGACGGGCAGCCGCGGCGGCCGCAGCCCGCGCGGCCGCGACGUUUCGCUCAACGGCGGCGACACGGUGACCAUUGGCCGCCGCGUUUACGUGCACAACCUCCCGCACGAGGUCGACUGGCGGGGCCUGAAGGACCACUUCCGGCAGUGCGGCUCCGUCGUGUACGCGGACGUGCUCCCCGGCGCGCGCGGCUGCGCGAUCGUGGAGUACGAGCGCGCGGAGGAGGCGCUGCGUGCGAUUAGUCACAUGAACAACACGGUGCUGGGGGGGCGUCAGAUCCACGUGAGGGAGGACCGCGAGGACAGGGACGUGAACCGCAGCGCCGCCCCGGCGGGCAAGGGGUCCCUGGUGGCGGGCGCGGCCGGGCGGCAGAUCGUGGUGCACGGCCUGCCCUGGGCGGUGGACACGGACGCCUUCGGGCAGCUCCUGUCGGACGCCGGCGAGGUGGAGAGGGCGGAGGUCAUGCGGGAGUCCUCCGGGAGGAGUAAGGGGUGGGGUAUUGCGGUGUUCGUGGACUCGGAGACGGCGCAGAAGGCCAUCGAUAUGUUCAACGGGUACGAGUACGACGGGCGCAUGCUGACGGCCAAGCUGGACCAGUACGCGUCGGACUAG